AUGAUUUAGGUGGUAGACCUCUUGGUUGCAGGUGGGCUGAAGAUCGGAUACGUGAGCUCCCCUCUGGCAACACGUUGACAUAUCGUGAUGAGUUUGACGGUUUACGACUAUCUCAGGUGAGCAUGACUCCAUACACGGAUGACAUUCUAGCAACUUUGCCUGUCGAAUGUUUGGAGGGGAUCGAAAUUUGGCGUGCUAGAGUGCCCCUCAUUAGCUGGAAGCGUACCGAGUGGUAUCUUCCUGAUCGUGUUAUGCGGCAAUUUGGGGGAAUACAAUUCACAGAUAUUCCACCGAUGGAAUUAAAUUUUAGAAGGAUUGAUGGAAGAGGUAGAGCUGAUCUGGAUUGGACUGUUCAGUAUAGAGAUUACCUGGAAAUAUGGGAAGAUAGGAGAGCAUAUGUAGUAGCAAUAACCCGCCCAGAAGGAACAGGUAAUCAGGAGUUACGUACUUACCUAUGGUGGUAUAGGUCAUGGGCUUCAAUCUAUUUGUUACAGCCUCAAACAGAACCGCCAGAAACUUUCUUUCCUCGCUCCCCAGGUGAACGAUUAGUGGUACGUCGCAAUAAUAUAUAUUUUUAGAAAAUUUGUUAUAAAGCAUAUUUUGAUAAUAAUUUUAAAUCGCGUAGGCUGACUACUACAUAUGUUCAAGUGCAAUUCUUGAGCCAUUGGUGGGGGGUCAAGGACAAAAUGCCAGUUCAUUACAGUUAGCAGUUGACCAGGUUUUCGAGCUUUCCGCCAGAGUGCAGCGUUCAGU